AUGCUAUCAGCAACACCGCGCCAUUCCCGGGCACCGCAAUCGCAUCCCCCAUCCAGCGCGGCCCGCAGCAGAAGACAAGAAAGCCAACCGGCCUCACGCCCGUCUCUACCCCCCUACGAAACCCCCGAAGCACCUCUCACAGCUGAAGGCCAGCGCAUGCUAGCCUCGCUGCUUGAAUCCCCAUCCAUGCGCCACCUGAAAACUCACAUCCAACACGCGACGGAGAAACUCACCGAUUCCGCAGGCGAGAUAAACGACCGCCUCUGCGACGCGAAAGUGCGAUACCAGCGUAGCAAAGAUGCUCGCCGACGCCAUGAGGAGGGUGCAGAUGGGAACGAAGAAGAGGAGAAUUCCGAGGGUGACGAUGAGUACCGCCGGCUCGAGGACUCGGAGACCAAAGUUAAUGCCGUUACUGAGCGGCUCGAGGCUAGGAUGCGUCUGAUGAUUGAUACGGAGGCUAGGUUGCAGGGUCUGACGGAUGCUGUCACGGAUCUACAGAGGGAGGAGACGCAGGCGCUGACUGCUGCGUUGGGUUCUAGACGCACGCGGAGACAGAGGCAGCGGCAUGAGGAUGAUGGGGAAGAGGAGGAUGAUGAUCAGGAAGAUGAGGAUUUUGAAGCCACGCCGGAAAGAGAGAUGCGAGAGCGCAACGCGCAGAACCCGCUUAGCCGCAGGGUGGAAGACGCGAUUGCAGAGAAAGGAGGCAAGUGGGAGGAUCUGUCUCUCACAGAGAGGUAUUCAACACACAACGCCUACGUCGGCUUCUAUCGAAUGGUCCACGACUCCAAAUUCCCCGGCGACGAAGUGCCACCACUCCCACACUCCUCGACCUGGUUCUCACACCUCGAAGACCUGCACACGCAGUCCUCCCAGCACCAAAAUACCAGCGCCAGCCAGGCCCAAGCGCGGCGCUCCCGCAAACGCGCCCGCAGCGUCGACUCAGACGACAUUGCCAUCGAGCGCGAGCGCAUCUCGCUCAAAUGCCCACUCACCCUCCUCGACUACCGCGAUCCAGUGACCAGCACGAAGUGCCCGCACAGCUUCGAGCGCGACGCAAUCACGGACAUGAUCUCGCGCAGCAACUCGUAUGCCCCCUCCGGUGGGCGGCGCGUCCGCAUCGUCAAGUGUCCUGUGUGCGAUAUCCCGCUAUCGCUGGCUGAUCUGCGGGCCGAUCCUGUUUUGUUACGGCGGGUGCGCAGGGUGCAGGAGCGGGCGGAACGGGCGGGCGAUGAUGAUGAGGAUGGGGAUGGGGGCAGGGAUGAGAGUGCAAGCCGGGAUGGUCUGUUGCUUACGAGCGAUGGGCCCAAUGGGUGGGAUGAAGAUGUAGAUGUUGAUUUGGACGAUGAGGAUCAGAGGGAGAGCGCUGCUGCUGUUGCUGUUAGGGUUAAGACGGAGCGGAGGAGUGUGCCCCCAGAGCAGAGUGUGUCCUCGGAGCAAAUGAAGGUUGAAGGGACGGGAGAUAAUAGCGAUGAAGCAGAUGGAUCAUCGGAGAACGGCAGGACCGACUCUUCGGACGAAUAA